UCCAUCCAUCACCCGCCAAAAAAAAAAAAAAACGGGGAGGGACAUCUAAGUUACAGGAGAAUGGGCRGCGGCGUCACUCUUUCGAUGAUGAUCUUUAUUGCGAUCACCAUUGCUGUCUUUCUAGCUAGCGCCGGCUCCGCUUCCGCCAGCRCCUUCACGYGUCGGGACAAGAGUGUCUGCCGAAACYUCUCCAGCUGCUCGCGGCGUGAUGCGCUCUUCCGCUCCGGCCAUCUUUGUCGCGGCUUUCCAACCUACAACGGCGGCCCACCUAUCCGGRAAUUCGAUUGGAAGACGGAGAUCCAAAAAAGUUCUUGUAGCAUAGCAAACGGGAGCGUCUGCCUGAGCUGGGGGACAAGUGGGGAGUCCUCGGAGGAAUGGGAGACCGGUCGUUGCAAGUGCGAGCAGCAGGGUCCUGAGCACUGCCGGACCUGGACCUGCCUUCGAUACGAAGCAGAGCGAUGCGCUGGCUGGGAUUGCGGCGAGUUGGUGGAUAUUGCCCCUACCAUGAGGCUAAGCAGCCAUUGCUGCGAGUUAAGCGGCGGGGAACCCCACAGUACCAUGCGAUCCCCUCGUGCCGUCCAACGGCAGGAGAGUAGGUACGCUUGCACGAGAACGGUGAGCGAGGUGGACUCUUCUUCGGAGGCUCGAAAGGCCAAGACGAACUACUGCGCAGCAUGGAACUGCACCRACUGCGACGGGACUUGCACCUCGGAGGAAGACUUCGUCUGCGUCAGCUAUGGCGAGACUUACUGCAGCCGCUGGGAGGGGAUCAAGGACGGAAGUAGACUGUUUCAGCUGUCCAGAGAGAGGGAGGAGGAACAAAAGUUAGCAUGGAAGCUGAGGAUGAAGAGAGAGAAGAAGAAGAGGAGAGAGGAAGUGAAGAAGAUGACCGCAGAGGUGGCAAAGGUGCAGGAAUGUAGAGCGGAGGUGCUGGCCCAACCAGACGAUAAGGCCAAGUGGGACAAAGUACUGGGGUAUGUGGAGGUGUUGAGCAAGGCCUGGAUGGAGGAGCGCCAGGCAAGCUGGAGYCAGGAUGUAGCGUUGAGUGCCAUGCGGUCAGGGUUUAGAGAUUUYGCGCGCGAGUUCGUCACCCAUAUUGGGGGCGAAGUGAAGCAAUUGAGAGAUAAUGUAGGGAAGUUUUGUGAGGGUGUCAUUCAGGGUGCCAAAGCUGUAGCCGCUGUAGAGGGAGAGGCCAGACCCCAUAAGGAUCCAGUGAAACUCAAGUUCCCAGAUGCAUACGGGGGGAAGAAGGAAGAAAACUUUGACAACAAGGAAGCUAGUGUCAAUAAUUAUAUUUAUUUGCAGCAUAUCUUGAUCGAGGAACAAGUCCUUAUGGCCUUCCAGGCCCUCAAAGAUGAAGCGGCUAGUUUUGCCAGGUCUCUUGCGCGUACAGCCGGUUGUGAAAACAACCUGGUUGCAUAUUUCAAAGUUACUCCUCUUUCUCAAUUCCUCAAGCUCCUCAAGGAGCGGUUCGCUGACCCAACGCGAGGCAUUAGAGUCUCUGAUAAGCUCCAAACGAUCCACUCGCGGCAAUGGAGGAGUGCAAAGGCACUCAAGAGUACUAUGGCCGACUUGGUAGCCGUCCCUGACCACGGGGUCACCGAGCCCCAGUUGGUCAAGUUGUUUUAUCGUGCCAUCCCUUAGACCCUACGCGGGCAUUUCUUUGACAAGUCUCAGCAGGCCGACAUCACAUAUGAUCAAUUGAGUAGGGAGGUCGUCCUGUAUGAGUCAAAGUCUAUGCCAGUUACCACUUUCUGGCAUAAGGACCUGGAGAAGGGGAAGAAGUGGAAGAAUCGUACUAUCUCAGGCCAAGUAAAGGCCAAGGAUCACA